CAAACUGGGUUGCAAUAUAUUUUUAAACGAACAUUCCAUUUUCCUGAGUAUCAUCAACACCGCCAAACAUUAGUUUAUAAAUCUAUUCACUAUGUCUGUGCCGAAAGCAAGCCGAAGAACGGCUCCCGCUGCGAGUCCUUCUUUACUGUUGGAUGCCGAAAUGGCUUUCUUUAUGUUUCGAAAUUCCAUAUGCUUCACAAUCAUGACAUAGUUAUACGACCUGCUAAACCAAAACCGGAACCUUAUUCCGCUAUAGCCGAUUAUACAAGUCAGUUUACUGAGAUGUUCCCUACCAUGGUUUUCAGCUCAUUUCGUGAGUUUGAGGAGAAAAUGGAAGAAUUUCAAACUAAAACAGGUUGUGUUUAUACUAAGCGUCACACUUGCCCAUGGCCGAAAGAUGACUUGGAACAUCGGGAUUUAGUUUACAAGAAACUGGCCUACGAGUGUUUCCACUAUGGCUAUAAAAAGGAAUCUGCGAAUGAAAAACAUGAGAGAAGAUUCGAAAUGCGGCAUAAUCAUCCAAUUUCAGGAGCAUCCGGAAAUCUCUAUCGAAGUAAACGUCGUCUUACUUUCGAACAACAAUCGGUUGUCAGAUCUCUGCUUAAGAAAAACGAACACGAAAUUGCCAUUAAACAGUUUAUUCAAGAUAAUUUUGAUGUUUGUAUGACAACUGCUGAGGUUCGAAAUUUAAAGCGAAAACUGAAACCAAAGCGUCAUUCUCCCUACACACCUGAAUUCACCUUGAAGUGUCUUGAAAAUGAUGGUUUUGCAAAUGUGAUUUCGAAUGGGAUAGGUGAACGAUAUGCAGUAUCCUUUACCACACCACAUCUGAUUAAAACCUUCAAUCUCUAUCCUGAAGUCCUCCAAAUUCGUCUAUUUGGCUCCUCAUCUUUAUGGGCUUACGAUUUUUCAGUUGUUGACAGAAAAUUGGAGAGCCGAACUGUGAUGUACUCCAUUGUGCUAGAUUAUGAAUAUGCGGAAAAUUUGACACCGAUUCUCCACUCUUUCAAGAAUUUAAUGAGACAUGGAUGGGACGGCAUCGAAACGAUUUUUGUCGACGCUCCUCCAUUUAAUUGUUCCGACAUUCAAGCGGAAUUCCCCCUCGUGCGGAUAUUGUUCUAUAGAGAGAGUGUGUUAUCCCACGUCAAGGAUAGUCUUAAACAUCCAAAGUUCUCCAACCUUCACAGGAAAGCUAUUUUUGAUGAAUUCUUUAAUGCUGUGAUAACUCAUGAUCCGGAAGAAUAUGCCUCUUCCCUUCACAGAAUUAAUAACCUCGGUCCUUCAUUUUAUCAAGUUCUGGAACAGAGGUUGCUUCCUUUUGCCAAUCAUUGGGCUGAACAUUUGAGGCUGGAUAAACUGACUUUCGGCAUAAUUAAUCGUAGUUCUGACUUUCUGAAUCAUCUUGAAUCCUUACUUCCACAUACCAAAGAAGAUUUGGAUGGAUGUGCAAGGAGACUCCUGGAUUUUGCUGCCUCAUCUAAGGAAGGAGGUGAUAAUGAAAUUCACAGAAUUGAUCUCCGUGGUCAACCCGAAGAUAUACAGUCUCUUUUGUGUCUUCUCUCCGAUCCUGUUGCACUUGUGCUGGUAAGACAUCUUGAGGAAUCAUCAAGUUCUCCUAUGGAAGUCUCCUCAGACCCCUCUAUUCGUAACUGUUCUUGUUCAUUUAAUCUUCAAUGGAGAUUGCCCUGUGUCCAUCUAUUAAAUGCUGCUCGAAGUGAAUAUAUACCUUUUCCAAACUUGUUGAAGGACUCUCGAUGGUUAGAGCAGUGGUCUGUGGGUUACAGAGAAUCAGAAAACGUCGUGGAAUCGGUUAUUGAAGAAAUGAACGAUCAAGUUGUUCUAUCGCCCACCACAACGUAUAUGAAAUUAGACGAACAAUUACAGAGUAUUCAAGACAUGGUAGUUACUUCUGAUGGGGACAAAUUCAAUCGAAGGCAAAGAGAAUUGAAAGAACUAGAAAGGCGUUGGCUCCAUGAGGAUGGGAAAAUUUCCUAA